AUGGGUAAUUCGUCGUCCAGGAUAUUGGACAGUCUGUCCACAGGAACGAAUUUUGAUAAUGAUGACAUCAAUAAGCUGGUGCGGAUGUUCCUGAAGCUCGACAAGGACAGUUCCGGUGCCAUUGAUAAAGCUGAGUUCUUAUCUAUUCCUGGAAUUGCGUCCAAUCCCCUAGCCAAACGGGUGGUGGAGAUAUUCGAUAAGGACAGAGGCGGAGAUGUUGAUCUGAAGGAGUUCAUAGAAGGACUAUCUAUUUUCAGCAACAAGGCUGAUCCUGAGGACAAAUUGCUAUUUGCGUUUAAGAUUUACGACAUUGAUGGGGACAAUUACAUCAGCAACGGUGAGCUUUUCAUAGUGCUGAAGAUGAUGGUUGGGGAAGGUUUAACCGACAUUCAGCUGCAGCAACUGGUGGAUAGGACGAUUCUGGAGAACGACGAGGAUCAUGAUGGGAAAUUGAACUAUGAGGAGUUUCGAAAUGCGAUUGACCGCACGGCUGUUGCUAAUUCGCUGACGUUGGAUGAUUACUAG